CACAGCUCUCCCUCUGCCGGGCUCUUCCCUUUCUCUGGAGGUGAUAGGAAUACAAUCCUGUCCUGAUAUGCCUAACAGCCCAAUACACCUUAUUUCAAUGUGACUGGUUUGGAAUGGGAGGAUGUGACCGUUCACUUCCCAGCUUAUGGCUGCCUCUGCUGCUUAGCCAAAGGGUUAGCCCAGAGGUUCUGAACAAUGGAUAAUCUCAAUAAAGCAAACACCACCUUUGCACUCAACCUAUUCAAAAAGCUGAGUGAAAAUGCCAAUACACAGAACUUAUUCUUUUCUCCUUUGAGUAUCUCCUCUGCUUUGUCCAUGGUUUUUUUGGGUGCAAAAGGUAACACUGCAGCCCAGAUGGCAAAGGUGCUUUCUUUGGACAAAGCUGAGGCGAUUCAUGAUGGUUACCAGUCACUUAUUUCUGAGAUUAACAAACCAGGCACUAAUUAUGCACUUAGGAUUGCCAACCGGCUCUAUGGGGAAAAGACGUUUAAAUUUCUUGCAACAUUUAUAGACUCCUGCCAGAAAUUCUAUCAUGCAGAGCUGGAACAACUUGGCUUCUCUAAAGCUUCAGAAGAUUCCAGAAAACAUAUAAAUGCCUGGGUAGAAGAAAAAACUGAAGGUAAAAUCCAGAAUCUGUUGGCUCAGGGUGUUGUUGAUUCAAUGACCAGACUAGUCUUGGUGAACGCCAUCUACUUCAAAGGCAACUGGGCAACCCAAUUCAACAAGAAUUGCACAGUGGAAAAGCAAUUUAAAAUUAACAAGAAUGAGAGCAAACCAGUGCAGAUGAUGUUCAAGAAAGCUAAAUUUAACAUGAGAUACGUAGGAGAGUUUCACACCAAAAUCCUUGACCUCUCUUAUGUUGAUAAGGAGACUAGUAUGAUUAUCCUGCUUCCUGAUGAAAUCCAAGAUAAUUCCACUGGCCUGGAACAGCUGGAAAGAGAACUUACCUAUGAGAAACUUACAGAGUGGAUAAAUCCAGAAAUGAUGAACUAUACUGAAGUGGAGGUGUUUUUACCCAGAUUUAAGUUGGAGCAAGCUUAUGAUCUGAAGCCUGUUUUGAAGAGCAUGGGAAUGGCUGAUGCAUUUGCCAGCGACAAGGUGGAUUUAUCUGGAAUGUCAGCCGGCAAUGAUCUAGUUCUGUCUGAGGUUGUUCACAAGUCCUUUGCGGAGGUAAACGAAGAAGGCACAGAGGCAGCAGCUGCUACUAGAGUAAUGGGCUGUGGGUGUUGUUUACAGAUUGUACCACGGUUCACUGCUGACCAUCCUUUCCUCCUCUUUAUCCGGCACAACAAAACCGGCAACAUUCUGUUCUAUGGCAGAUUUUGUUCCCCCUAAAAAGAAAAAUUGCAGCCAUUAACACAGUAAAGUUAUUUCCAUUUUACUAUCUUGGGAUUUUUUUUUUGCACUCUAAGCAACAACCUUGUACAGAUGCUGUUCGUUACAUGGUGCAACCCUAAACACCGUUCUCUCUUGUGCCUGAAACAGCUUUUUGUAGUCCUCUAUUCAAAUUAAAAAACUCUUGCU